UGCACACAAUUGGCUAUUCAUUAUAGUAGACGACGGAAAAUAAAUUUAUUUUAUUAUUUGCAUUACUAGUUAAAAGUGUGACAAACAGUGUGUGUGACAGACAAGUGUUGCCUAACAGUAAUAGACAUCAUAAACAUCUAAAUAGUUACACAAAAUUCAUUACAAUUAUUACAGUUAUUAACAAAUCACUAGCAAAUGGGUGUCAUUAAGAAGUUAUUGCUGAUCGGAGUGGUGGUGGGUAUCGGUGCUGUGAUCUACCCAUUGGUGGUCACACCUCAACACAAAUUGCCUGAACUUAAGGACAAAUGGUUUGGCAAAACUCCACUCAAGAGUGGAGAAGCCUUUCCCAAAGAGUCGGUCGCUAUCGACAAGUUUGUGGUGAAUGUGUCCGAAGAUGUAUUGACAGACUUGAAGAGACGGCUGGAGUCGGCCCGAUAUGUGGAGCCCAUCGCCGGCACGGCUUUUAAUUACGGCUUUAAUAGCGAUUAUCUCAAGAAAGUGAUCGCCUAUUGGAGGAAUACAUACGAUUGGCGUAAGACUGAGACCAUAUUGAAUCAAUUCCCGCAAUUCAAGACUCGGAUCCAUGGCAUCGAUGUUCACUUCAUUCACGUGAAGCCAUCCAAACCGGCCAAAACUGUCGUUCCUCUACUGAUAACUCACGGUUGGCCUGGAUCAGUUUGGGAGUACUACAAGGCAAUCCCACUGCUAAUUGAACCCACAAAUGGUGUGGCGUUUGAAGUGAUUGUUCCGUCAAUACCUGGCUAUGGCUUCUCGGAGGCACCACAUCAGGAGGGCUUCAAUAUUAUGGAAACGGCGAGAAUAUUCGUCAAACUCAUGAACCGCUUGAACCACAAGACAUUCUUCGUUCACGGAGAAGAUUGGGGUAGUAUUGUGUCCAAAACCAUGGCUCAGUUGUACCCAAACAAUGUGCGAGGAAUGCAUAUAACAAUGGCUCAACUGGUAUACGACGGGCCCACUAUUGCGAAGAUGAUGUUAGGCUCCUAUUUCCCGGCCCUUGUGUUCGACGACCCGGAAAGGGAUCACAAGAAAUUGUUUCCAUUUUUAGAUCAGUUUUAUAUGAUAUUACGAGAGUCAGGAUACUUCCACCUUCAGGCCACUAAACCGGAUACAGUGGGCGCCGCACUCAUGGACAGCCCCGUAGGUCUGGCCGCUUAUAUAUUGGAGAAGUUCUCGACGUGGACUGAACCCAAAUGGCUGAAUAAAGCCGACGGCGGACUCACCCAAAAGUUUACUUUAGACGAGUUGCUCACAAAUAUCAUGAUCUACUGGGUGUCCAAUAAUGUGGCCUCAAGUAUGCGCUACUAUAAGGAAAAUGCCGGCCUUCUUAUGGACGACAUGAACAAAAUCCCGGUGUUGGUGCCCUCAGCCGUGGCUGACUUCCCCAACGAGUUGGGUCACGCGCCCAAAGCCCUGUUGCGGACAACACUACCCAAUUUGGUUCAGUACACAGAUAUGCCUCGAGGGGGACACUUCGCCGCCUUCGAGGAGCCCCAACUGGUUUGCGAUGACAUCAAGACAUUUGUCGCAACUGUUUUAGACAUUGAAUUGUCCGCAAAAGACAAGUUGAAAAAUACGAAACAGUGAUUAGAGAUUGUUUUUAUAGACAU